UGAAGCGGAGAAAACAUACUUGCUAGCAACCAAAACCGGCAGCUAAAAUAGACCUACCAAAUCCAAAACGAAAACCCUCGUUUCGCUCCUUUCGUUUCGUACACCAGACAGCCCAGAUGGAUAUGCACUUUCAGUACAAGAAGGAUCACACGUUCGACAAGCGUCGCAACGAAGGCGAUAAGAUCCGGCGCAAAUAUCCGGACCGUGUGCCCGUUAUCGUGGAGAAGGCCCCGAAGACGCGCUACAUCGAGCUGGACAAGAAGAAGUACCUGGUGCCGGCCGACUUGACGGUGGGCCAGUUCUACUUCCUCAUCCGGAAGCGCAUCAAUCUGCGUCCCGACGACGCCCUCUUCUUCUUCGUUAACAAUGUGAUUCCUCCGACUUCGGCCACCAUGGGAGCCCUGUACCAGGAGCACUUCGACAAGGAUUACUUCCUGUACAUUUCCUAUUCCGAUGAGAACGUCUACGGACGUCAAUAGACGCGGGUUUGCACCGCCUAAUCGUUUUGCUGGUCGGUUGAGUUUCAAUUGUCACAUUAGCCACAUUUCGCCAUUGGCAAGUUCAUCAAUAAAGAAUGACUGGUCCUAGUCAGCUAACCAGCAGCUAACGUCGUCAUCGUGGCCCAUGCUGGGUAAAAUAA